AUGUCGAAACCAUCCGGAAGACCUUCAUGGAAAACUGCUCCGGCCCCUUCUACACCUCGAGUGCAGCUGUCACCCGACUCGAACUACGACGCUCGAAGCUUUAGACCUGGCAAUGACAGUGCCGAUGACGAGAAAUCACCUGACGAAGAUGACGAUGACAGUGGACAGGAGACAGAUGACAGAGUUAGUGUGGAUAGCUGGACCACAAAUGAAAGUGCGUUGAGUGGUAGUAGUAGGAGUAGUAGAGGGAGUCGAGGUUCUCGUGGAUCUCGAAGGGUUAGAGGUAGAGGUAGAGGUAGAGGUGCAGCAAGGAAUGAUGAUGGUACCAGGAGAAGAAGAAAAAGUGGAAAAUCCGGUCAUAAAUACGCUCCUGUCGAUAGAUUUUGUCAACUUCAUCAAAAUCCCUACGAAACGCCACAUAUGAAGAUGAUGAUGUCUCUAGUAUUUAGAAGCAAAGCUGGUGAAGGUAAUUUGUUCGAUAUACCAGAGAAUGUGGAAAUCUUCUUAGAGGAGAAAGGAGUUCCCGGCAGUUUCGAUCCCAAUCAGAAGCUUACCAACGAUGAUAACAAGCAAUGGAGAAUACACUUUGAGAUCUUCUACCGAACCUUUGUCUCAUUGGUCAAAUCAGCUAGUGAUGCUUGUGACUGGGACAUGUACGAUGCCUAUGCAGCCAGGAGAGAUGGAGGAAUCGAUGGCACUUAUCGGAAUGAUAGAUAUCCUUCUUGGAGCAGGGAAGGGACUGGUGUUGGAAGUGGUGAUGACCUGGAAAAAGAAGCGGCCGCAGCUAUCUGUAUCCCAGACGAUGUCGCCCGUGUCGUGAUAUUGGCUCUCUUCGGAUUCGACGGUCUGAAAGAUCCAGCCAAGAAAACUUUUUCCCGUGGUCAAAGAAGAUUGGAGGAUCUGUUUGAAAAGGAAGUGGUCAAGUUCUGGGAGGUAUCGAGCAAACACUAUGUUCAGAAUUUUCUGUCAAAGCAAGUUUCGGAAAAGGUGAAGAGGGAAGCGAAGGUGGAGAAACAGGCCAGUAAAUUGAUUGGAGAGCUUGAAAGAUUAUGGGGUAGCAGAAAGUCUGGAUCUCUCACCGAAACUCAAAAGAAGCUAGCUCCCAUCUGUGAAGACCUACGGAAGACCCUCACCAGCUGGGCGAAAGUCGCCGAAUACCUCAGACCGGGUGAUGAACCUCCAGAGAAACUUAUUGAAUACACGCAGCUGAUGUUGGAAUACGGCGAAGAGUUUCCGGGUGGUUUAGUCGCAUUGAGAGGAGGUGAUGAAGCUAGUAACAUUGCAAGUCGACGAAUACAAAGGAGAAAGUCGACUGGCCAAUAUUCCAUGAUCUCGAGAAUAAAUCUAGUUGAAGACGAAGAUAUAGAUGAAUUGGCACUUUCGGAUGAUGAGACAAGGAAUGAAUCGGUCAUGCAGCGAGGAACCCUACCUGAAGGUGACCAGAAUGACCUUCUCCGACCCCAUCACCUUCAAAAUCCGACUAGGCCUGGAGCCUCUCUCGACCCUAGCCCUCAGAUUGGUAUGGGUAUUUUUCUGAAUUUCAGCAAGACGCAACUGUUCCAGUACAGUGCCAUCGGUAUCGACGACGGGUGGCCAAAAGUAUCUAGCGAAGAUCGGCUUUUCAGCACAUCCUCCAAGUCUGUGCCUCUUGUAGGUCGAUUACACCAGUACAUGGGUGCAACUGCCAUGCUAUCUCGAGCGUAUGCCGGGGUAGAGAGUCUUCCAGAUCCCUCGUCGGACUACACUUCUGGAGUUAUCGUUGCGGAUGAAACGAAUUACGCCAAUGGUUUUUAUACGCUGGAUCUCAUUCCCGAGGCGUUGAAGGUGGAAGGAAUAAGUCCAAAAAGCAAGGAGCAGCUAAAAGACAUUUUGAAGUCUGACAUGGGCGAGCGUGCGUUGAUUAUGCUAUUCGAACAGAAGGAACGCUACGAAGAGCUGUUAUCAACUCAUCAAGGUGAUAUCAGCGAGACGAUUGCAGCCUUCAUCGAUGAAAUGAAGAAAGAUCCCCGAUCAUUCCCUCUUGGCUACUUUGGAGAUUCGGCUGGUCACGCACCCCCUCGCGCGCCUCAUAUCGUCGUAGCACCGCCAGGACUUGUUGAGCAGUGGUAUCAGGAGCUCACUAGAUAUAGUACCGAAUUAAAGCCCUACAUCAUCAUGAACUGGAAAUCGGCAGCUAGAGUGAUCAGCAAGAUCGAGGCGAUUGUAGCCGAAUGGAAGAAAUCGUUGGCGUAUUAUGGGCCUGCCUAUGUUGCUGCCAGGUCUGCAACGCUGGCUCCAGAUUUCUAUGCCACUGGUCGACUACCUAAGCCAGAUGACGAGAUCUUGAGAAUUGGGUAUACCAAGAUGAACUGUGCAAUAGAUCUUAUAUUGAUGAUUAUGAAAAGUGAAGCUCACCUACCUUUGUCCAAACAAUCAAAAUUUGGAGUACAUAUUGAAAGUGUGGAAGCUAUGCCGGUAUGGUCACAACUCCUGGCAAAUGCUGGAUUGUCAAAUUGCACGAUAAGGGGUUCGACUCCAGGUGCCAGACGUCUAGCGAUUCUAGAUAGAGUCAACCGCCAUGAAGGUCACCCUCCUGAUGACCGCUGGGAUCCUGAUGAAUUAAGUCGGAUCCUCACCUUGUCGCCUGCCGGGGAGCUGGGGGUCGACGUCACUGAGACUGAGCAUAUCCAGACCUGUCCAUGGAGCGUAUCUAUAUACCGUCAACGAAUAGGAAGGCACCGACGCACAGCACCUGAUCCUUCGGUAGAACCUCUUCCAAUCAAAGUUUUCUCUAUCCUCGCGCUUAAUUCGACUGAUAUCGUACAAUAUCUCUCCACUCUGCAGAAAAGCUCAGUAGAUGACCACAUUCGGAGUAUGUUGUACCAAGCUCCCAAGCUAUCUUAUGAAGAUAUUGGUUUUCCAGCUCCAACACACUCUGGCCGAAGGUUCCGACGUGAUCGAAAGAGUUCAAAUGAUCAACAUGACUCGAAAUUGAACGAAACACAACGGAGGAGCCUAGAGCAAUUGGGAUUGCUGGGAUUGAUACCGCAUUUACAUCGACGGAUGAAAAAGAGGAAUGAUGUUAUCGAGAGGAAGAUAAGGAUGGAGAUGAAGGGUGAUAAGGGUUCGAUUGAUCAGAUCCUGACUGAUCUAGGUAACGAAGAGCCAGAGGGAGCUGGGAUGAUAUUGGACGAAGUAGCUCCACAACACGAUAAGCCUUUCUCCAAGAUGACCUUUGCAGAGCAGCACAAGGAGGGCGUGAGGCUCGGGAAGGAGAGUAAGGGCAAAUUCGUGAGGACGCCGGUGAUAACGGAAGAGGAGUUGAGGGAAGCUGAGAGUAGAACCCCCGAGGACUGGGCGAGAGAAACACAGGCUGCCUUGCAGCAGCAGAAUCGGGUUUGGUUCGAAGCCCGAAUCAAAGGCAUCGUAUUCGAGCAUGGGAAAAUGCUGUUAGAUCCGGCAAAUUCAUGGGUAACUGAUUUUGGUGAAGAAUUGGAAAGACGAAUUGGAAAUUUAGGUGUACCACCAGAAAGUAUCGACCCUUUAGUAACAUAUGAUGAUGAGGAUGAUGAUGAGGACCGGUCCUUACUUCAAGACGCUUUGGACUCACUCAAGCUUCAAGUCACAGAUCUCCAAGCUCGAAAUCUGCUUGACGACGAUUUCUACUGUCCAGAAACUGUGGAUGACUUAUGUCGCUACAUAAUGGAGCAACCUAUGUUCACCGCUGGAGCCACCGUCAUGGGCAGAUACAAGAUGUUACACGAUUUCGCGACUGGUCGAUUACAGCCACCACAUUUUGAAGCAAGAAGUACCUCCUCUCGGGCCUCUAAGGCUUCACUCCCUUCCUCUCCUCCCAGCGUUAGGUCUCUCAGCCGUCGACCGUCUAUAUCAACGACACGACUUCCUACGUUACCAGAAGGCUCGCAAGAAGACUCACAACCGAGACUUCACCAGGGUAAAGAUAAAGGAAAAAAGAGAGCCGAGAGACGGGGCAAUGAUAACGAAGAUAAUCAGAUGUUGAUGUCGCCUCCUCGAACGAUUGACAGCUACACGGAUGACUUGGAACGAGCGAUAGAGUUGAGUAAAAACAGUAGCAGAAGAGAUAAUGAGAGAUACGAAUGGGAAGGGUAUGCUGAGUCCGAAGCUGGACCUUCGGCGGGUGGUAGAGGUUUGAGGAGGCCUAGAAGGUAA